UAUUCAGAAUUCAAAAUAUGGAACGAAGUUACGUGCCAGCAAACGGGCUAUCAACUUGUGAGCAUAACUACUUUAGAUGAAAACAAUGCAAUCCUCAAUUCCUUGGAAAACUGUACACAUGGAGACUAUGCCAUCGGAUUAUCACGCCAGAUGGGAAUGCCGAGAAUGAGUGCCAGCAGUUGGAAGUGGGAAUCCGGUGAGACUGUGAACCUGCUAAAUUGGGGUAGUAAUGAACCAAAUCUUCAAGACAGUAAGUCCGCAGGAGUGUAUAUGACGACUCAGGUAUCCUAUGUACCUGGUAAAUGGCACGACCUUGAGAAUACCCAGCGAAUAGGGUUUUAUAUUGGUAGUCCUGGAUAUGGAUAUAUUUGUGAAAAAUUAACGAUACCAACUACACAGGUAUCAACAACUGUUGGUGGAACAUCAAUGCAGUCGCUUACCAGUACUAUAAAGUUGAGUACCACUCGUAGGCCUACAUCAAGUUCAUUCACUGUAAUUGAUCGAACCACAGAACGAUCUAGUAUCAGUGAUGAAACAAUUACAGCUAAUGCAGAAGCAACCACAAAAUUGUUUACAACUGCUAGUGGAACAUCAUCACAGUCUUUAACCAGUGGUGUACAACGCACAUCAAUAUCUACCACGGUAAGAGAAUCUAGAGAAAGAACUGCUAACACUGAUGAUCCAAGUACAAAGGCUGCUACAGAUACAGCGACAUUAUUAUCCACGACUGAUGAUGAAACAAUACAGUUAACCAGUGGUAGGUCUAUGCAGCCGAAUAAUAGCACACCUACAUUACCUACGACGGGAAUUGAUGAAACCAAAGAAGGAACUGGUACCAGUUAUAAACCAAGUAUGAAGACUAGGCCUAUCACAGAAAAGGGUAAAUAUUGGCAGUUAAAAGAAAGCGUAAUUGUGUGGUUUGAGAAGUUGCUAUGA